UGAGUUCAAGUAAACUACAAAUCCCAGGAUUAAUCAGAUGAGAGUGAUAUCAUCAUAACAACAAGGCGUGUGGCGUGUUAAGAACAGGAAGAACUGUAGCUCGAGUCUUUGCUGAAACAACAACCUUAGAGAACUAUCAUUUUGUCAAGGAUGGCCUACGUCAAGAGUGGCUGGCUUCUUCGUCAAAGUACUAUUCUACGGAGAUGGAAAAAGAACUGGUUUGACCUGUGGUCCGAUGGUCGUUUGGUUUUCUAUGAUGGCCAGCAUCGUCGGGACAUGGAGGAUAAGAUACACUUGAAAGUGGACUGUAUCAACAUCCGCUCUGGGGACAUGUGCCGAGAUUUCCAUCCUCCAGAGGGAAAGGGGAGGGAUUGUUUGCUGCAGGUGGUGUGCAGAGUCGGGAGGACCAUCAACCUCUGUGCUGAAAGUGCGGACGAUGCUUUGGCUUGGAAGAUGGCUCUUCAGGAUUCAAGAGUAAACAUGACAUCGAAUGGCUCUCCUGUAGGAUUCACAGAAUCCGCUUUUGCCUCUGCUCCACCCCCCUACACUGAGUAUGCAGCACCCGUUCAACAGGUUUACAAUUAUGACCCUUAUGGAGCCUAUGGGCCAAUGUCACCUCCAGGCUCUCAAGUUUAUGCAUCGAAUAGACAGCCUUAUGCAGUGGCCUACCAGUAUCCAUACCAAGGGUAUUACCCACCACCAGGAGUGAACCAGGUGAUUGUUCGAGAGCAGUACCAUGACAACACUGGAGACGUCGCGAUGGGCAUGCUGGCCGGAGCAGCAACAGGCAUGGCACUUGGAUCACUCUUCUGGGUCUUUUAAAUGUCACAGUCCAGUUAGCAGUGGCUUUAAAUUAUAGAGGCAUUGUUCUUGUGAUGUAGAAGUGAGUUCCUUCGUCUGAGCUAGCACACUUACCAAAGUCUUUAAUGUAAAAAACACUGUCGCACUUUCUGACUAGUUUGUGACACACUCCUUUUCAUGCCAGUUCUGUGAAUAUACAUACAAGAAGUUAAUACAUAUGGAAAAAUAAUGGUUUGUUUAGUAGACUUUCAAUAUUAUGUUACUGUCUGCAUUUCUUUUUGCAUGUCAUUCAUGGUGUUUCUUUAUGAGAUUGUUUGUUUGUUUUCCUUGAUUUAAAGAAAAAUGAAUAAAUAAAAAAAUAAUAAUUAUUAUUCUUUUCAAAUCUACAUGUUUAAAGAUGGUCUUCUGAAGUUUGUUGUAGUUUUUGUUCCCAAGAUAUUUAGUUUUCAGUAUACACUACUUUCUCACGACAAAAUGGGUUUCAAAAGUGCAGGGAUAUUUAUUUUCAUUCUCAUUUUUGUGUGUUGAUUUUUAAUAAUCUCUGUAUUUAUAAUUAAUGUAUCUAGGUUGUUUUGGUAUUUUUGUGUGUGCUACUAAUUUACCAGAAAACUUGGAGACUACACCCAAAAAACUUAAACUUCAAAACAGCUGCAGUAUUGUUUCUUGCUGCUAAUUAAUAUGAUUUCUUUAACUUGUUUAAUUAGUCUAGUGUGAGAUGUAGCAAAGACUUCCAUAACAUGCUGCACCAUUUAAUGAGGUAAAAUCUAAAUCAGUUUGUUCAGGUCUUAGGUUUGUUUGUAUCGUUUAGUGUUACUUUUGUCGUUUUGUUGUUUUUGUAUCAGCUCUUGAGAGAGGAUUCUUUUUCCCUGUUGGUCAGGUUUUCAGUUCAACAUGUUCCUCUGUUUUGAAAAGGGAAUUCAGGCAAACCAAUUAGAUGUUACAGCAUUUAUCUGUAACACUGUUGAUUUUGGUUAUCUUUUAUCUUCUUUAAUGCUAUGAUCCCUUCCAUAUAAAGCUAUGUUUUGUGCUUGAAUAUUGACUUUUACUGCAUUGCUUGUGAAUAUUUCUCUAAAAUUGAAUUAUGGCUUGAGUUUUACUUCUAUAGACUUUGGAACUCCCCACAGUAUGAAAAUAGAUUUCUGUCACCCAGACCAGUUUGUUUUAUUUAUUUUUUGUUAGGGGAAUCAAGUGCCCCCAAAUAGUUAUAGUACCAUAGUCAUAUCCAAAUGUUAAACACGGACAAGAAAUGGGUAGUCAGUUAGUGUAUACUGAAAUGAUUUACAUGUAGUUAAAAGUGCAGUAUAUUUUCAGCAGAAGACCAUGUUAGAAAGAUCAUUAUUAAAAACGAGAGAUUCAAGAUUCAUUCUAAAAAUAACCAGAGAAACAAACAGUUUGCCUGUGGGUGGCAGCUUUAUUUUGAAACCAGCACUAGGUUAUAUGGCAUAUGUAUUUCUCUUGUAACAGACUUUUCUUACAUGUAACUGUUUGUCUUAUGAAGAAGCCUAAAAAUAUAAUGAUGACCUGUCAAAUUUUUAUAUUAUUAUUAAUAAUAAUAAUAAUAAUAAUAAUAAUAAUAAUAAUAAUUGGUUGUUGGUUUAAUAAAUUUAGCAUUACACAAUCUCCUUUCCACCUUCUGGUUUCUAUCUUUUUUUUUUUCAAGUUAAAAUGUUUAACUUGAAAAAAAAAGAUAGAAACCAGAGACACCUUAAAGGUGUGUACUUUUGUGCCAAAUUUAUUUUAAUUAUUAUUAUUUAUUUAUCUUAUUUUUUAUUUAUUUAUCACUUUGGUUAGAUCAGUUGAGAGCAACAUUUUCAUAGUAUUACAUUUCUUACCCGUUUUAAUAAACUGUUCUAUUACAUGUUUUCUUUAUUGCUGUUUCUGCUUAAAUCCUUACAAGGUUUAAAGAGUAAGUAGCGGGGUGCCGGAACAUUUAGCGUUCUACAUCCCCACGUAUUGCUACAACUGUGUCCUGACUUUUCUGUUCCGUACCACAUCGUGGAUUGUUAUUGCUGUGUUACCUGUUUGACAAUGUGGGCAACAAUCUUUACAUUUACACUUACAUCAGUGCACUACAGUGGCCAUUUUGGAAAGAGCUUUGAAACUGAUUUUAAAGUUAUAAGUGUACGAAGUUGUCAAGAUGUUAACAAUGAAAAGAAAAAUGGCAGGUACAUUAUUUUAAACAGUUGUAGCAACAUGUGGGGACGUGGAACGCUAUAUUUUUCGGAACCCCGCUACUUACUCUUUAAAGUCUAAUGCCAUUUUUCAUCCUCAGGAACUGCUUCUGAAAAGACACACUGUACUGUGAUUUUAUAUAGAGAUGUUCAAUGAAUGCAACAUUGCAGAGGGGGCAGCUACAGUAUUACAGUUACACACCCCUAGCGGUAAUCCUUCUCUCACGUCUCAGUUCAGAGAUUCAGCUUCUCAGAAGCAGCCCCCAUUUAAACUAUAUCAAUGGACUAAUUCGCUUUAUGAUUUACUUAAGAUUCCUAUGAACUGAGGCAACAUGUAGUUCAUUCAAACUCUUGCUUCUGCAGUUUUUUAACAAAUAAAGUGACAAUGAAAUCCCCACGAUUUAAAGGAAAUUCAAUUAAAAUCUGUAUCCGUUGGAAUUCUGCUAAGCAAGAAGGUAAUUGAUUUGUGGAAACGGUAUGUUUUCAAUGUGCUGCUUACUUCUAACAGCUUUUUAAAAUGUUCUAAAUAUGUAAUGCAUUUGUGUCGCCAAUAAAAAAAAUAAUUCAAACGGAA